AUGGGCCUUCCAAUAUUGCCAAAACCGGAGAAGCCUCUGGAUGCCGUCCACAAUGGCCUCUCGUUCUUCUCUAAGCUCCAAUUGUCUGGCGGAAAUUGGGGUUGCGAGUUUGGUGGCCCCAUGUUCCUCCUUGCAGGUGUAGUUAUUACAUGGUACGUGACCGAGACACCAAUCCCUUGGUCCCACCGCGUUGAGAUCAAGAACUACCUCUUUGCUCGUGCCAACCCUGAAGAUGGCGGCUGGGGCCUUCAUACCGAGGGAGAGAGUAGUGUACUCGGAACCGCAUUCAACUAUGCAAUCUUGCGCAUUAUUGGCAUUGAAGCAGAUCACCCGGUAAUGGUCAAGGCACGCGGGACCUUACAUAGAUUAGGAGGGGCUACUAACGCGCCUCACUGGACUAAGUUCUGGUUGGCCUUGAUGGGAGUUGUGAAGUGGGAUAUCGUGAAUCCGUGUCCCCCCGAGGCCUGGUUACUUCCAGAUUGGCUACCAUUCCACCCGUGGCGAUGGUGGGUGCACAUUCGGUAUAUAUGCCUGCCAAUGUCAUGGUUAUAUUCAAGGCAAUGGACAAUGCAAGAAACCGAGCUUGUCCGAGAGCUACGAAAUGAAAUGUUCGUGCAGCCAUGGGAAGAGAUCGACUGGUCUUCCCAUAGAAACACAAUUGCUGAUAUUGACAACUUUCAUCCCAAAUCCUGGCUUCUGAAUACGGCCAAUUGGGUAAUGGUGAAUAUCUGGCAGCCAUACUUGAGACCGAAAUAUCUAGCAGAGCGAGCUGAGAAGUGGGUUGCUGAAAUGAUCGAUAUGGAAAGCGAGAAUACAAAUUAUCUAGGGCUAGCCCCAGCCAACGGAUCGAUGAAUAUGGUCAUGUACUACGCCAGCAAGGGACCCGACUCGGACGAGUUCCAGCAGGCCCGGAAGGUGAUCGCAGAGAACUUAUGGGUGAAUAAUGAAGGGAUGUUCUGUAAUGGAACAAACGGCAUUCAAUGUUGGGAUACCGCUUUCGCUAUCCAGGCCAUUGUCGAAUCUGGGCUAGGAGAAGAUGAUAGAUGGCGGGGAAUGAUAAUUGACGCUCUUAGGUUCUUGGAUAGCCAGCAGCUAAGGGAUGAAGUUCCACGCCAAUAUCAGGAAUAUAGACACCCUAGAAAAGGCGGUUGGGCCUUUAGCAACCGGUUUCAAGGAUACUCAGUCAGCGAUUGUGCGGCUGAAGCCCUAAAGGCCGUUAUCCUACUCCAAAAGACACCAGGGAUCCCACAGUUACUGGACGACCAACGCAUAUUUGAUGCUAUCGAUCUACUUUUAACAUACCAGAAUGACACUGGUGGAUGUGCAUCAUAUGAGCGAAGGCGCGGGCCGGAAUGGGUCGAAGUACUUAAUGCCGCAGAGAUCUUUGAGAACAUCAUGGUUGAGUACGACUAUCCAGAAUGCACAACAGCCGUCGUAACGACACUCACAUUAUUCAACCGCCAUUGGCCAGGCUAUCGAGCAGCAGAGAUUCAUUCCUUUGUUGACCGUGCCGUUGCUUGGAUCAAGACAGCACAGUAUUCUCAUGGCGGUUGGUACGGUAAUUGGGGUAUAUGCUUCACCUAUGCUACCAUGUUCGCGUUAGAAAACCUUUCUCUAGUCGGCGAGACAUACUCGACAAGUACUAAUGCGAAGCGAGGGUGUAAAUUCCUACUUUCUAAGCAAAGGCUAGAUGGCGGUUGGAGCGAAAGUUAUAGGGCUUGCGAGAGACACGAAUAUAUUGAACACCCAUCAGGUUCCCAGGUUGUUAUGACAGCGUGGGCAUUGAUUGGACUGAUGAACGCCAAUUACCCAGAUAUCAACCCGUUACGGCGCGGCAUUAAACUGUUAAUGGACCGACAGCAGCCGAAUGGCGAGUGGAAGCAAGAAGCUAUUGAGGGUGUUUUCAACAAGACCACUAUGAUCUCAUAUCCGAAUUACAAAUUUACUUUUACCAUCAAGGCCCUUGGAAUGUUCGCAACAAGAUAUCCUGACGAAUUGAUAGUCUAA